CUGUAGACAGUCCUCCUCCUGGCAGAAGUCAAAUCAACCAGUGCACGAAGGUACAGGGAUAUUACGAUGAGGAUCUAUUUCUUAUUGGCAACAGUCGGCGUUGCCUUAGCCAGGCCGGGGAAUGUUGGAGGAGGAGGCGGAUUCGGAGGACUCCAAUUAGACAGUUACGCGGCUCCUCUUCCUUCUGGAGGCGGCGGUAGUUAUCCUUCUGGAGGCCCUGCUCCCCAAUACGGCGUCCCCGCCCAAGCACCAGUAGUGCACAAACACGUCUACGUACAUGUACCACCCCCAGAGCCGACGUACCACGCCCCAAGGAGGCCGCACCAGCCGCCGCCGCCCCCGCAGAAACACUACAAAAUCGUGUUCAUCAAGGCGCCGACACCGCCGCCACCGACCGUCCCAGACCUCCCGGCCAUCGCUCCGCCAGCAGAGCAGAAGACCCUGAUCUACGUCCUGGUAAAGAAACCUGAAGAAGCUCCUGAAAUCCACAUCCCUACACCUGCACCUACACAGCCAAGCAAACCCGAAGUAUACUUCAUCAGAUAUAAGACCCAGAAACAAGAAGGAUACGCGCCAUCAGGAGUUCCCCAAUCGGAAUACGGAGCACCCAGCGGCUCAGCACCCGGCGACAACUACGGAGCUCCUGCGCCUUCGGCUCCUUCCGGCAGCUAUGGAGCACCUUCUGGAGGAAGCGGACCCUACUAACAACAUCGACGUUGUCCAGACCCACCGAUUUAUCGACCCGGCCGUCAAAAAUUCGAGACCACGUUAGUGUUGUGUUGCGCGUCACGAUCCUUAUAAAAAAACCAACAUAAU